AUGCAGUCGCGUUCUCUCGUUCUCGCCGGCCUCGUGGCUUGCGCCCAGGCCCUAGACACGGUCCAAUACGGCGCCUUCUUGCCCACGGCCACCUACUCCGUCGCCAACCAGCUGGGCUUCUUCACCGAAUACGGCCUCAACGUCGUCUACAACCAGGUGCCCAACAGCACCGCGGCCUUUGCCUCCAUCCUCAACGGCCAAUACGACAUCCUGACGGCCACGGUCGACAAUGCGCUCAACUUCCGCUUCAACCAGAACCAGAACGUCACCGUCAUCGGCCAGCUGGAUCAGGGCCCGGACCUGGUGCUCGCGUCCAUCCCGUCCAUCACCAGCAUCGACCAGCUCAAGGGCAAGCCCAUCAUUGUCGACUCGCCCCUCAGCGGCUACGCAUAUCUGCUGCAGGAUGUUCUCGCCACCCACGGCCUGACGCUGGCCAACAACGACUACUACUUUAUGACCGUCGGCGGAACUCCCCAGCGAUUCUCUGCCCUCGUCAACGAGGUCCUCCCCAACGGCACCGCCGUCUAUGCCACCAUCCUCACCUACCCCUUCGCCGUCGAGGGCGAGGCUCUCUCCCCCAGCCAGGCGCCCAACAUCCUCGCCCGCAUCUCCGACGUCGUCGCCCCCGUCACCUCGAGCGCCUUCACCAUCCGCCAGUCCUCCCUGAGCAGCAAGGCCGAAAACGCCCUGCUGACCCGCUUCAUGGCCUCCAUGUACGCCGCCAACAGGUUCCUGCUCAACCCCAAGAACAAGCCGUGCGCCGUCCAGGCCCUCGUCAAGCAGCUGGGCGUCUCCCAGGCCGUUGCCGCGCAGGAGUACGCUUCCGCCACCAACCUGUUGUCCGGCGAGGUCUCGCCGCCGCUCAACGACUUCACCGUCAAUCCCACGGGCAUCCUGAACGACGUCGAUAUCAGGAAGCAGUUUGGCGGCUUCAGCGUUCCGGACACGUUCAACUUUGCUGCCGCUCUGGUUCCGGGCGUUGGCAAGCUCAUUGACUAUUCCGUCAGGAACGCCGCCGUUGCUCAGUUCAAGAAGCAUCCCUUGACUGGCAACUGUACCAUGUCUUGCAAGCCACGAUCCUGA